AUGGCCUCGUCACGCAAAGGCCAACCAAGCCCUCCACCACCUGCUCAAAGCGAUGCGCUCAUGAUGGUGGACCAAACCGGGGGAGAGUCGCAGCAUCUGGCUGAGGACGAAGUGCCUGCUCUCACUCAUGUUAUCCCCACCAUCUUCGUUCCUCUCAAGGAUGAUCUCUUGGAGCCAAUAGAACCGGCCAAAGACAGAGUUGAGCGCAUGGAGCGCAUGAAGGCAAGCCUCGACGCCAACGAGCUGAAAGUCCGGGACAACAUCAACUGGAUCUACGAGCGCGAGGCACGGCGACACAUCAUGGAGGCUCAGAAGACCGGAGCGUUCUCCCAACCACGUCAAACGACUCCUUUGACCUGGGAGGAGGCUGAUCGACACCUCGCGAACAUGGCAGUUCAGGCCAACCCUACAGCGUCUUAUCAUUUACCACCCGAGAAGCUCGCUGAGUUUCAGAAUUACGACCGAGCAAAUGCCGGUCAGCCGCCCCCAGACAGCAUGUGUCCUCAUGAGAGAACGGCUCGGGAGGUGCUCGCCAUAGCCCAACGUGGAGUUCGAGAUAUGGAAUCCUACAGCACGAACCACAUCAAAGGUAUCCGCGAUCAACUCAACAAGAGUAUCGAGAAGGAGAAGCGGGCGCAUGCUUGA